AUGAACCAUAUCGCUGUGGCGGGGAAACCAUCGGCCACUUUCACGUUUGCUUGGAGUUCAAUCUUCCACGCACGUGAUUGUGCCUGGAGAAACGACACCCGCAUCAAGGCAGAAAAGGCCACUUCCAUACGCAUGACGGCGCCACAAUCAUUGUGGCCCAAUUUAGCUUCAGACGGGGCGCUGUCCAUUUGCGUACAAUGGGGUACAUCCGGUAUUCUCGGUUCAUCAGUGCCACGAGCAUAUGGUGUCUUGGCCGGCGUUGUUGCCGUUCACACAACAACGUCGGCGGCCCAAGGGACGAAAUUCGUAUUCGUAACGCCCGUGGGCAUUAAGAAGCUACCUCACCUCAAGUCCCAUGUGAUACCGGCCGCCACGUUUUUCAUCGUAUUCGCGACUGCGAUGUCCACGGGCCUCAAAAUGAAUCCUGUCCAAGGUGCGCGCUUAGCGGCACAGCGUUGGAUUCCGAUGAAUCGGUCGACGUCUCAAUUCGUUCCUAUGCGCGACGCAGGAAGGGGUUCCUAUCCCGACGCCCUCGAUAUCUCGGCUAUUGAAUCGGUGCAAUGCAAUUUGCCCGUGUCGCAUCAUGACCUGCCUCCCUCUCACUACGAUUCACCGAGGACCAGACCAUAUGUCAGCCGUGAAACCCGCACUCGCGCUGCGGCGCCCACAAUCCACCUUUGUCACCCAUCAACAAACAAUGUUGAUAUCCUGAUCGUCAAACCGACGCUCUUCUGCUCAUCCACUGCGCAUACCAUAUCUGGAAAAUGGACUUCUACAGGAAGCGAAGUCUUGUGCGAGGCUGUUCGGCUGAUAUCUGCCGCAAGAGCGACACUGGUCGUGCCGGGGCCAAGUCCUCUCAUGAAGACACAUAUCAUCGAACCUUACUGCAGGCAUCUCAUUUCUGAGAAGAAUGUUUGA